CACUCGCUUCCUACGCCUAUAAAAGUGGAGUGGCAGGGGAGGGCCGACGCGGCCCUGGCGGCGGCCGCCUCUCUUCGCCCAAGGAGUUGACAUUUUGCAGGACUCGCGCGACGUCCCGUCGCCGGCGCUCCGCGGGACCCGGCCGCCGGGAGGAGGAGGCGGAGGAGGGUGGAGACUGUGGGGCUUGGCCAAGGAAGGCGCACAUCCUCGGGCAAGCGGCCGUGACGCGGCGGGGAUUAACUUUGCAUGAAUAAUAGAACACGUUUCAAUCCUCUUUUCCUUGAACUUCGCUUUUUGCUUUAGCCGAACACCAUCCAAACGAAUGCCUUCCAGACUGAGCCUUUUGACCCACUGAAAACUCAGACUCAAAUCUGCGGUUUCCCUCCCAUUGGCCUUCCAGCGCGGCUGCCAAGUUCCACAGGUGAUUUAAUGGAUCAGAAGGAGAUGUCAGUGAAAAAAAGGGUCCAGAAUGAUUACUAACCUAUGACUCCCAACAGUAUGACAGAAAAUGGCCUUCCAGCCUGGGACAAACCGAAGCACUGUCCAGACCGAGAACACGACUGGAAGCUAGUAGGAAUGUCUGAAGCCUGCCUGCACAGGAAGAGCCAUUCGGAGAGGCGCAGCACAUUGAAAAAUGAACAGUCAUCACCACAUCUCAUCCAGGCCACGUGGACUAGCUCAAUAUUCCACCUGGACCAUGACGAUGUGAACGAUCAGAGUGUCCCAAGUGCCCAGACCUUUCAAACAGAAGAGAAGAAAUGUAAAGGGUACAUCCCCAGUUACUUAGACAAGGACGAGCUAUGUGUGGUGUGUGGUGACAAAGCUACCGGGUAUCACUACCGCUGCAUCACAUGCGAAGGCUGCAAGGGUUUCUUUAGACGAACCAUUCAGAAAAAUCUCCAUCCAUCCUAUUCCUGUAAAUAUGAAGGAAAAUGUGUCAUAGACAAAGUUACACGAAAUCAGUGCCAGGAAUGUCGCUUUAAAAAAUGCAUCUACGUUGGCAUGGCAACAGAUUUGGUACUGGAUGACAGCAAGCGGCUGGCAAAGCGGAAGCUGAUUGAGGAGAACCGGGAGAAGAGACGGCGGGAAGAGCUGCAGAAAUCCAUCGGGCACAAGCCAGAGCCCACCGACGAGGAAUGGGAGCUCAUCAAAACCGUCACCGAAGCCCACGUGGCCACCAAUGCCCAAGGCAGCCACUGGAAGCAGAAACGGAAAUUCCUGCCAGAAGAUAUUGGACAAGCACCAAUAGUAAAUGCCCCAGAAGGUGGAAAGGUUGACUUGGAAGCCUUCAGCCAUUUUACAAAAAUCAUCACACCAGCAAUUACCAGAGUGGUGGAUUUUGCCAAAAAGUUACCUAUGUUUUGUGAGCUGCCAUGUGAAGACCAGAUAAUCCUCCUCAAAGGCUGCUGCAUGGAGAUCAUGUCCCUUCGCGCUGCUGUGCGCUAUGACCCAGAAAGUGAGACUUUAACCCUAAAUGGGGAAAUGGCAGUGACACGGGGCCAGCUGAAAAACGGGGGCCUUGGGGUGGUGUCAGACGCCAUCUUUGACCUGGGCAUGUCGCUGUCUUCUUUCAACCUGGAUGACACUGAAGUAGCUCUCCUUCAGGCUGUCCUGCUGAUGUCUUCAGAUCGCCCAGGGCUCGCCUGCGUUGAGAGAAUAGAAAAAUAUCAAGAUAGUUUCCUGCUGGCCUUUGAACACUAUAUCAAUUACCGAAAACACCACGUGACACACUUUUGGCCAAAACUCCUGAUGAAGGUGACAGACCUGAGGAUGAUUGGAGCCUGUCAUGCCAGCCGCUUCCUGCACAUGAAGGUGGAAUGCCCCACGGAACUCUUCCCCCCAUUGUUCUUGGAAGUGUUUGAGGAUUAGACUGACUGACUUCAUUCUCAUAAUUCCUACAGCACUACUGGGUGUCAUUUCAUUCCAUUGCCUAGCUCCUUUUUGUUUGUUCCUUUGUUUCUUUGUGUUGGGAGGGAUUGUUUGGGGGUAAAGGGAGGUAGUCCUUGGCAUAGACAUGGAUGAAAUUUCCCCUUGAAUGCGGGUACUUGUAACUAUUGCAUUUUGUUCUCCAGUCCUUUGAUGUGAAUGCUUUGAAGGUUUUACAGCUAUGGAGGUGGGAUGGGGACUAUCAUUCAUUCACCAGCACCAAGCCAUCACCAGCUCCCAUCUGUCCCUGGUCAGAGACUCGAGCAAGCACAAUGGCACAGCAGAAGACUAAAGAAUCCUCAAAACCAAGAUAACACGGUCAUCUUGAGCCAGUCCUCAUUUUUGCAGGGCUCAGGUUAGCAGGGCACAGACCAUCUUUGGUUAGAUGUGGCUUUCAGCUUUCUAAGGAAAGGUCUGAACAGAUUUUUAUUUAUUCUAAAGCAUGCUGUUUUCAGCACUCUUCAAUUCUGUCCUAGCAGCAUAACUUGGAAUGUACAGGAAUACUUGUUCCCAAGGAAAUCAGCUAUCCUUUUACUGUAAUUUUUAUAAUUUUAUGAUUUAAUUCAAGUUCUACAAGGGUGUCACUCAAAGAUGUGCAGGUAUUUGACUGAGGCCAACAAGGAACCGGUUGAGGCCAACCGUGAGCCCAAAGAAAUUAGAAAUCUUCAUCAAUGUCAGUGACUCAAAAGUUUCCAAAAAUUCACAUAGCAUUACCUCAUAGUAGGAAGGCUUCUUUACAGUUUAGGCUCGGAGAAAAUUACCACAUAAAUUAAAACUAUUUACAGAAUGUUGUCACUUUUCAAUGACAUCUGAUCCAUCAUCUCCCAAACUCCCGAAGUUAUUUAUCCUGAUUGCAUCUUUGCUGAGCUGACAGCAGAUUUCCCUAUGGAUUAAAUCUUCUCAUCACGGAGAGAUAACAAGCUGAAAUUUGAGUCUUGUUCCCGAGGAACUCUAAGAAGAGAUUAUUAGUGCGGUUACCUUCUAAGUUGAAGAGAGCACAGUGACAGUGACCUGAGAGCCCCUUUCAUGUACUGAUGAUGUGGGGAUGCUUUCUUCCAGUCUUGCAUCCUCGAGCUCUUUGCUCUGCUCACAAAUGUUUCCUAGACCCCUUUUCCCUCUGACUCUAGGCUUGACUAUCACUAAACAAAGACUGGUCCAGCCUCUGAUCCUCUCUCCCUCGUGUAGCAUUGCCCUCACAAAUAGUCAACAGAAAACGCCUGCAGACCAUGUACAUGAACCCUCAGUCACCUUUCUGGCCCAACCCACCUCCCCAAUGACAAACACUGGUGUUGCUUGUACCCAGAAAACAAAUGAUGAUGCCUCAUGGCUUCAAUGUCAGAAAAUGGGCAAAGAAUGUACCCAUGCAAUUGAAUGUAUCUCAUUCUUCACUGGCAUAGUAGAUAUAUACUAUUCCUUUGCCUGCCUUGUACUGCCUUAUCCUGGAAAUACUGGGGAAAAUAAGCCAUAUCAGUGAGAUUUACCUAAAAACAAAAGAAUGAAAGUCACUGUGAAAACCAAGUGGGCUAAUUUUUUUAACUGGCCCAAAAGUCAGAGUGCCUGAGUUCUAGUUUGUGCUCUGUGAACUGGUAGAUUUGUGACCUUGGGUCUUGGUUUUCACACCUUGGGUCUUGGUGAAUGAGUCAUGAGCUCCAAAAUUCUUCCCAUGCUUAUUAUUUUACUAAUUUCAGAGCCAGGGAGGGAGGGGAGGUUCUGUUUCUUUUUAUUGUUUCUUUCAUAUUCAAAUUUCUAGCUUUAUUAGACAAAAAUUGUGACCCUCUUAAUAGUUACGGAAAGUAUAGUUGGUAUGGAUUCAAACUAAGAAUUUGACACGCUACUCAUCAACUAUUUAGAGAAAGACAGAAUGGCCUCGGAAAAAGGAGAGGAACAGCAUUGAAAACCCCAAGUGUGACUGAAAAUAAUCUGAGGGGAAAAGUAUAUGUUUAAUGCACUAAAGCAAUUAUAGUGGCUUCCGGGGAAAAGGAAACAAGAACAUCACUAUGGAACUUGCUACCCAUAGGAAAGAAGUAGGCGAAGAGAUUAAAAUUUAAACAUGAAGUUCCUGGGCAGAUCGCUGUUUUUUACUUUAACUACUAUCUAUUUUGUUUGGGGGGAGUUGGGGUUUUUUUUAUUUGGUUUUUGUUUUUUUGGUGGGGUUUUUUUUUUUUUUUUUUUUUGGUUCUCUCUCUAGGCAGCCUCUAGCCAGUCUCCUUGAGUCCUUGUUUUGUUAACAUCUCAGCUCCCCCUGUUGGCUCUCGUUGGAGAACUACUGUUUGAAACAACCACUUAGUCACCUUCUAGCUCCAGGGUAAUUCUGAGAAGCUUUACGGGUGUGGGGCAAGUUUCCCCUCAGAAGGAAAUGGGCAGGAAGCAAGCAAGCAGGGUACUAGAAGGAAGCAGACUCCUUGGGCAUCAAACUUUCCCCAGAAGGUCUCCUCAAUUUGUUUGACAGAGGUUCCCCAGUAUCUUAGACACAUCCAGAUUCAAAUAUAAGUGCAGAGCCUGAUGUAGAGUGAAUUCAGAAUGCUUUUGGGAUUAGCCAUGAUUGGGCAUUGGCCAAACGGUACAGUAUAUCUACAGUAAUCCAGCCAGCUCCAAGUAAAUUUAUGUCUGAUCUUCAGCUUCUUAAACGACUGCUUUAAGCAGGCAAACCACUGAUCUAAAAAUUUUGUUGAAGGCUGAAUACCUUAUGCUGAGGAGGACAAGCCUUAAAGUACUUCAGGUUGAAAGAAAAAGCUAUAAGGACUCAAAGGAUCAUGACCCUGGUGGUCAACGUGACUCAUUUCUUCUGUAACUGAUCAAAGUAUUAACACUUAGUGCAUCUCAAGACUCCAUCUCAUAAAACUUGAUUAGGAGGGAUUUGCUCUGGAUUUUUUUUUUUAACAUUUUUUUCUUAUAUUGUCCGGACUGUCAAAUCAAGUAUGGACCUAAUUGAAACCCCUAACAGUGGGGAGACAUCCCAGUAGAGGAGAACACGCCUGUACAACUGGGAUUCUUAUCUAUAAAUCACUUAACUUUUAGGGAUGAGUGGUGUGUGUGUGUGUGUGUGUGUGUGUGUGUGUGUGUGUGCGCGCGCGCGCGCGCGUGCGCCCACCCGUAACCCUCAAGUGUACUUUGCUCUUCAAUUUAGACAUGCAGUAUUUCCAGAAAUAGUGAGAAAAGUAAGAUCUUUUCUUCUUUAUGAUUCUGCUCAAAACACCAUGUGCCACCUCAGAGCUUUUUCUAGUCAAAUGAGCUUCUGUCCUCAAUGAUGCGCUUUUUGCCGUGUUGAUGCCUCAGCCCAGUGAUGUCCCCUCACCUGUGCCUGAGUGAUACCUCUUCCACCUGCAGCACUGUCAUCAGGGUGGACCACCAGGCUCGGCUCUGCUCCAGCAUCGCCAUUCUUGUGGCUCUUCCGUGAACAGGUGUGCAAGCCUUGGCCCCUCCUCAACACUAAGCACCCCCCAGACUCAGCCUCCAUGGAACUGCUGAGCACCCUCAAAGCAUGUCAUUGUCAGUGAUACAUUUUUAUUCUAUGGAACUCUAACCUAUUCGUGUCAUAUUGACCUUUUGCUGCAUGAGUCAUAAAUUAUGAAAUCAGUCUUAUGGUUUUUGAAAUGUAGCCAGCAUUUGUAAGGCUAAACCUUUUUCAUAAAUGGAAUUUAAGUGAAUAACCAAGCCACAGUUCCUCUCCAAAAGCAGAGUGCUUACAGACAUUUGCAUCUCUUUGCCCUUUCCAACGGCGAUGGCAUCAGGUUCUAAAAUAAGCUCGUAAUUUUUCCUGUUAUUUUAAUAAUAUGGAAAUAGUAGCAUAGUGUUUCUUUUGAUAGUGAUAGACUUUAAUCCAUAUUUAAAUUUUAUAGAGAAGAAAUUUUAUUGUACUGUGAUGUAGAUAUUUAUUAUCCAGGUAAGGAUUUGCCCGGUGUGUAUUUUUUACAAUUGAAACAUUUUACUUUAAUCUUUAAAAAAAAAAUACAUUAAAAACAUACACAAAAAAAGAAAAAAAA